AUGAAUGAAAGAUCUGGCGAUGGAAAUGGCCCAAAAGUGCCAAGAGGUCCGGCGAAAGUCUCCAUAUGGGAGAAGCUUCAAGACCAAAUAAAUCCGAGGCCUCCGGACGAUGACGAGCCGCAGGACUGGUGGUUCGCCUCGACCGCCAUCCCCUUGAUAGCGGCCACCACCAGUCCCUUUGCAAACGUGAUGUCGGUGGUCGCGCUGGCUAUGUCCUGGAAGAGUGAAAUCCAUCCUGAACAACAGGAUCCGGAGGGGAACCCGGUGCAGGUGUUGCUGGCUGACCCUAGAUGGUGCAUUGGUCUGAACGCUACCUCUCUUGCAUUUGGGGUGCUGGGGAAUCUCUUUCUUUUGUUCAACUUCACCCGGACUAUCCGGUAUAUUAUCGCUCUGCCUGCUUCUAUUAUUCUUUGGCUCUUAGCGACCGCCAUUUUGGUCGGAAUCACCAGCUCAGUACACAUCUAUGCCAGCCCGAUACCUCCAAACCAGACCUACUCGCAGGCAUACUGGUAUGCGGUAAUCGCGGCGAUCCACUAUUUCAUCCUCACCUCUAUCCUCAUGAUUAACAUGCUUGGAUACUUUCUUGGACACUAUCCUCAAUAUUUUGCCUUGACAGAUGGUCAACGAACCUUGAUUCUCCAGACGACCGCUUUUGGGAUCUGGCUUAUAGUAGGCGCUGCUGUCUUCCAGAAGGUCAUUGGGAUAUCGAUCGCAGAAGCACUGUAUUUCUGCGAUAUCACAAUUCUAACGCUUGGCUUCGGCGAUGUCACCCCAAAGACACCAGUUGGGAGAGGACUUGUCUUCCCAUACGCCGUGAUUGGGAUAAUCAUCUUGGGUCUAGUAGUUGGAAGUAUUAACAAGAUAAUCAGAGACCUCCAAGACACAAACGUUGUCCAAAAGCACACCGAACGACGACGAGAAGCGACAAUUUCACGAUCCCUCAUGGAGGAAGACCUCCAACAGCGCCUGAGACUAACCCCCAACACAUCCAAAAUAGCAUAUCGACCCAAACACACCCGGAAAACACCCAUCAUAAGUAAAGUGACAGCCAUCUACCGCGACGCGAUCGGCCGACCAAAGGACAUCGUCAUGAAAGAAGAAAAAGACAGAUUCGACGCCAUGCGCGCCAUCCAAUACGAAAGCGUUAUCUUCCGUCGCUGGUACCGGCUCAUACUCAGUCUCAUUGCCUUUGGGAUCCUGUGGACCUGUGGCGCUGUGGUAUUCUGGGCUUUGGAGGAGCAGUUCACGUACUUCCAGGCUUUGUAUUUUGCGUUCUGCUCCCUUUUGACUAUUGGUUACGGGGAUAUUACGCCCACCACUAACGCGGCGAAGCCUUUCUUCGUCGUGUGGUCGCUCAUCGCUAUCCCGACUAUGACUUCGCUCAUCUCCGAGAUGAGCAAUACCAUCGUCGCGGUGUUUAAGCACGCCACUAGUCACGUCGCAGAUUAUACCGUCCUCCCACGAACGGGGAAAUACAAGUCCUUUAUCACCAAGUUUCCGCCAAUCCAGAACUAUCUCGAAAAACGCGAGCAAAACAAACGAGUCAACCGGGGCUUUCAAAUCGGCCCAGACGACAUAGAAGGGACACAAACCGGCGAGUCCUCAGGCGGCGCAAGAAACAAACAAUCAAUCGAGAAAGAAGGAGACAAAGAACCGUCAGACUUCGACCUAGCCCAGCGUCUCGCGUUUGCUAUACGUCGGACGACCCGGGAUGCCGUCAAUGGACAUCCGAAGCGCUACAACUACGACGAAUGGGUGGAGUUUACCCGGAUGAUUCGAUUCACGGAUCCGAAUGCGGGGGAUACGGUGUUGUAUGAGGAUGAAUAUGGGAUUCUGAAUUGGGAUUGGAUGGGUGAGAAUAGUCCCAUGUUGGCUUCGCAGACAGAACCGGAAUGGGUUCUUGAUCGGCUUUGUGAGAGUAUGAUCCGGUUUAUCUCUACGCAGGCGCAGAAGAGACGGUCGGACGGUGUAGGGGAUAUAGACGAGGAUGAGCCGACGUUGAGGAAGGAGAAGGAUAUUUAA